GAGCAGCGACAACAAACAGGGAAACAUUUUUUGUUCUUAGUCAAUCGUGUCAUGCUUUCAUCCCUUUGAGGCGAGCGUUUUCACCUCUCCCUCCAACACAACCUCUACUACGUCUCUCGCUUUCUUUUCUUCAGCCGUGUUCUUCACACGGUGCAGUCUCAACAAGCCACUAGCUUCUGUGUCUGCGUGUGUGUGAUUGCUUCGUCUGAUUUUUUUUUCCCUUCUCUCCUGCUACCUCUUUUUGUUUCUGUCGUGGUUUGAAGAACCUUCUGCGCUGACAUCUGCUUGCAUUACUUCGCUGAAGGCUUGCGUCUGCGCUUGUUUUAUUAGUUGUCUUUUCGCUAUCAGUCCUUUCAUCUGCUCUCUUUGAGGGAGAGAAGGAAGGAAGGGGGGCACUGUACUCCACUAAUACUUGACUGUUUGAGCGACACACAUACCCUGCCCAAGAGCCGUGAUGGUCUUCUUGAAGGUCUCUCAGGGUAAAGAGGUGGGGAAGGGAGAGGCGUCUGCAGCAAGCAUUGCCCAAGAAGCCUUUGAGUUUAUCUAUCAAAUGUCGCCAAUGGAGGGAGCCAGGCCGGGUGAGCGUUACCUUGAAUUCGCGCACUUCGAGCCUCUCGCCGCCGCUGUGCACCUCAACCUGGAGGACCUCUCGUUUUACUUGUUAGCCUUCCUAGCAGAUGAAUCACCCAAGAUCAACUACAAGAUUCCCGAGAAGCGCUUUGUAGCGUUAAUGACGGCGCUAGCAGGAGCACUUCCGCGCAGUGCCGGAGUGCCGUCCAGAGAAAACGGCUUUGCUCCUCUGUUUGCUGCGGCGCACACCGCCGUGAUCGACCUCAACGCGCGGCUCCGCGCCAGCGAAGAGCUGCGGGUGAAGUUCUAUCAUUUUCUCUACAAUUGGUGCCUGAAAACAAACAAGGCCACCGACCGCGUCGACAUCGCGAAGGAGCUGUGGUCGUUCUUCUUCUCCGCCUCACCGCUGUCUUUCACGAAGGAGGAGGCGAAGCUGAAAUUUACGGCGUAUGUGUGUUUCCCUCGCAUCAACCAGUGGCUGAAUUUUAUUACGAUAAUGUCGGAGAAGGCAAAAAAUACAAAUCAGAACGGGUCGGCGCUGGAUCAGAUGGGCGUGCCACUGGACACCUGGUCGCAGCUCAUUCCAUUUGCCAAGAUGGAGAGCUACAACGAGUACGACGACGAGGACUCGUGGCCGGUGGCGAUGGACGAUUUUGUGGAGUACGUACAGCAGCUGAAGAAGCAUAAGGAGGCGUGA